AUGGAAGCGCUUCUUCAGACCUGUGUCCCGGCGUCGUUCGGUCUCGGAGGAAAAAAUGUGCUUGAUGAAACAUAUUGUAAAGCCGGCAAGCUCGAUAGAAGCCAGUUUUCCAUCGACUUCCACCCGCACGACUAUGGAAUCCUUGAUGUCAUUGCUCAAACAUUGCUACAGGAUGUUUCUCAAACAGACUUUUUACGGAACAGGGGAGAUCAUCGAGGUGUGCUUGCCGAAUUAUACAAGCUCAAUAUCUAUUCUGGCCCCAGCGGGAAAUUCAAAGCACAUGUGGACACGCCACGUGGCACGAGACAGUUUGGUUCUCUAGUCGUCUGUCUUCCAUAUUCUCAUCAAGGUGGACAAUUGCGCAUCACCCACAGAGACUCUAACACUUUCUUUGACUGGGGCAAUAAAUCGGACAGCAUCCAAUGGGCUGCGUUCUAUAGUGACUGCGAGCACGAGGUACUCGAGGUCACCAGUGGUCAUCGUCCUGAUUUCAUGAAGAGAGGUGGUGUGAUUGGAUUUUAUUGUGACCAUCUAUAUGCCCAUACUCAAGAAGACACAGAUGACAUCAUGCCAUAUACAUUGAAGGGUAUUGAUAUGACCAUCUUUAAUACGUUUCAAUCGCUUGGUCUAGUGGUCAAAGCCUGUCCUGUGCUGGGCAUGGAUGAUGACCUUGAGGAUGAGGAACAUAUAACUCGAGCAGGAACUCAAUUCCAUGGAGUCGAGGAGAGUACCUUCAACGAACAAUAUAAAGAUGAUGUUCGAUGGUAUCUCAAGUCGAAAUGGCCGCAUAAGAAGUAUAAGAAUGUAGCUUGGCUUAAUGGUUGGGGAAGUAACAAUUUGCCUGCAUUCUAUGGAUUAGCAUAUGGGAAUGAAUCAACCAUCAUGUGCUUCCACUCCAAGGCUGCCAUUCUAAUUGAGGUACCAGCCUACGAUGAAAGAAUGGCAAAGGAACUGGCAUGA